CGCGAAGUCGCAGCGCCAGACCCAGGGCCCCCGAGUGAGCCGGGGCGCCGAGAUAACCAGCCCGAGUCAUGCAGUCUUUUCGAGAAAGGUGUGGUUUCCAUGGCAAGCAGCAGAACUACCAGCAGACCUCACAGGACACCUCGCGCCUGGAGAAUUACAGGCAGCCGAGCCAGGCCGGGCUGAGCUGUGAUCGGCAGAGGCUGCUGGCCAAGGACUACUACAGCCCACAGCCCUACGCGGGCUACGAGGGCAGUGUGGGCGCUCCUGGUGGCACUGCCCGCGGCGGCAAGGGGCUGCCGGCACAGCAGGCCCUGCAGGGGCGGCCGGUGUUCUCCGGCUACGGCGUCCAGGACAGCAGCCCUUACCCAGGCCGCUAUGCCAGCGAGGAGAGCCUGCAGGCCUGGGGGGCCCCCCAGCCGCCAACCCCCCAGCCACAGCCCCUGCCAGGGGGGGUGGGCAAAUACGAGGAGAACCUGAUGAAAAAGACCGCGGUGCCCCCGGGCAGGCAGUACCCCGAGCAGGGUGCCCAGCUGCCCUUCCGGGCUCACCCCCUGCACGCCCAGCCCCAGCCCCCGCAGCCGCUGGCCUAUGCCAAGCUGCAGAGGCAGAAGCUGCAGAACGACGUGGCCUCGGCCCUGCCCUUUCCGCAGGCCAGCCACUUCGCCCAGCAGUCGCAGUCCUUCCCCCCAUCCUCCACCUACGCAGCCGCUGGCCAGGGUGGCGGGCAGGCCGCCCACCCCUACAAGAGCUGCACAGCGCCGGCUGCCCAGCCCCAGCCCCACGACAGGUCGCUGACGGCCAGCGCCAGCCUGGGCUCCGGGCAGGGCGUGCAGAACCUCCAUGCCUACCCGUCUGGCCGCCUCAGCUACACCCAGAAGCAGCAGCAGCAGCAGCAGCAGCAGCAGCAGCAGCAGCAGCAACAAGCCCUUCAGAGCCGACACCACGCCCAGGAAACCCUCCAUUACCAAAACCUUGCCAAGUACCAACACUACGGGCAGCAAGGCCCGGGCUACUGCCAGCCAGACACGGCCAUCAGGACCCCGGAGCAGUACUACCAGACCUUCAGCCCCAGCUCCAGCCACUCACCCGCCCGCUCCAUGGGCCGCUCCCCAUCCUACAGCUCCACCCCGUCACCCCUGAUGCCGAACCUCGAGAGCUUCCCCUACAACCAGCAGCCGCUCAGCACCGGGGCCUUCCCUGCCGCCGGCAUCACCGACCACAGCCACUUCAUGCCCCUGCUGAACCCGUCCCCGACGGACGCCACCAGCUCCGUGGACGCCCAGGCCAGCAACUGCAAGACGCUGCCGAAGGACAAGCUGCCCGAGAGCCUGCUGUCUGACCUCAGCCUGCAGAGCCUCACCGCCCUGACCUCGCAGGUGGAGAACAUCUCCACCACCGUGCAGCAGCUGCUGCUCUCCAAGGCAGCCAUGCCCCAGCGGAAGGGCGUCAAGAACCUGGUGUCCAGGACCCCCGAGCAGCACAAGAGCCAGCGCUGCAGCCCCGAGGGCGGCGGCUACUCGGCCGAGCAGGUGGGCACGCCGCAGUCCAGCCACGAGCCUCCGGAGACCGACUACCUGAGCGGCUCCGAGGACCCACUGGAGCGUGGCUUCCUCUACUGCAGCCAGGCCCGCGGCAGCCCUGCCAGGGUCAACAGCACCUCCAAGGCCAAGCCCGAGUCCGUGUCCACCUGCUCAGUGACCUCGCCGGACGACAUGUCCACCAAGUCCGACGACUCCUUCCACAGCCUGCACGGCGGCUUGCCGCUCGACAGCUUCUCCAAGUUCGUGGCGGGCGAGCAGGACUGCCCGCGGCUGCUGCUCAGCGCCCUGGCGCAGGAGGACCUGGCCUCCGAGAUCCUGGGCCUGCAGGAGGCCAUGGGCGACAAGGCCGACAAGGCCUGGGCCGAGGCGCCCGGCCUCGCCAAGGACGCCGGCAAGCCGCCCUUCGCGCUGGAGAACCACAGCGCCUGCCUGGACUCCAUGGCCAAGGGCGCGUGGCCCCGGCCCGGGGCGCCCGAGGCCCUGCCGACAUCCUUACAGCUGGACGAGGGAGGCAGCGCCAAGGACGUCAGCCCAGGGCUGUUCGAAGACCCAGCUGUGGGCUUUGUCACCCCGGACCUGAAGAAGACCCCUGGGCCCCUCUCCUUCGGCCCCAGGUCCGCCCUUGGGGCUGCCCCUUCGGACCCCCCCACAGCAGCUUUUGACUGCUUCCCGGAUACCACCACCGCCGGCUCUGCAGACAGCGCCAACCCCUUCUCCUGGCCCGAGGAGAACCUGGGGGACGCCUGUCCUCGGUGGGGGCUGCACCCCAGCGAGCUCACCAAAGGUCUGGAGCAGGGUGGGAAGGCCGCGGACGGCAUGGGCAAGGACAGCGCCCACGAGGCGUCCGCCUGCCUGGGCUUCCAGGAGGAGGCGCCCCCUGGGGAGAAGGCCCAGGACUCCAAGCAGGAGGAGGUGGGCGGGGUGAAGGAGGAGGCUGGCGGGCUGCUGCAGUGCCCCGAGGUGGGCAAAGCCGACGCCUGGCUGGAGGACGGGAGACACUGCUGCUCGGCUGCGGACUUCGGGGACCUCCCGCUGCUGCCGCCCUCCGGCCGGAAGGAGGACCUGGAGGCCGAGGAGUACUCCUCCCUGUGUGAGCUGCUGGGCAGCCCCGAGCAGAGGCCCAGCUUGGACCCCCUGUCGCCGAAGGCUCCGCUGAUGUGCACCAAGGAGGAGGUGGAAGGGGUGCUGGACCCCAAGGCCGGCUGGGGCUCCCCAUGCCACCUCUCGGGGGGCUCCGUCCUCUUGCUGGGCCCCACCGUUGGCACCGAGUCCAAGGUCCAGAGCUGGUUUGAGUCCUCCUUGUCCCACAUGGACCCCGGGGAAGAAGGGCCCAGUGGGGCAUUGGCUCCAGGGGACCCCAGCACCCUGGCCCCGGAGGCCGCCUUGGUGCAGAAGCCAAACAAGCCUGCGGUUCCCGAGGCUCCCAUCGCUAAGAAAGAACCUGUACCGCGCGGCAAAAGCUUACGGAGCAGACGGGUACACCGGGGCCUUCCUGAGGCCGAGGACUCCCCAUGCCGGGCGCCCGUUCUGCCCAAAGACUUCCUGCUCCCAGAGUCCUGCACAGGGCCCCCCCAGGGACAGAUGGAAGGGGCAGGGACCCCAGGCCGGGGCGCCUCAGAAGGGCUCCCCAGGAUGUGCACCCGCUCCUUCACAGCCCUGAGUGAGCCCCGAACACCCGGACCCCCAGGACUGACCACCACCCCUGCCCCCCCAGAUAAACUGGGGGGCAAGCAGCGGGCUGCCUUCAAGUCUGGCAAGCGGGUGGGAAAGCCCUCCCCCAAGGCGGCAUCCAGCCCCAGUAACCCUGCAGCCCUGCCCGUGGCCUCCGACAGCAGCCCCAUGGGCUCCAAGACCAAGGAGACAGACUCGCCCAGCACGCCCGGCAGGGACCAGCGCUCUAUGAUCCUUCGGUCCCGCACCAAAACCCAGGAGGUCUUCCCCUGCAAGCGGCGGCGGCCCUCGGAGAGCCGGGUCCCCAGCUGCCGCACCGCCAAGAAGCCCCUUACCAUCAACCACUUGCCUGCCCCGUUCAAGGUCCCUGGCAGUUCCCCGAAGGAGGGCAGGGCCAGCCAGCGGGCCAGGGUCCCGAAGCCCAGUGCAGGCAGCAAGCUUCCUGAUCGGCCCCUCCACACACUCAAAAGGAAGUCAGCCUUCAUGGCACCGGUCCCCACCAAGAAGCGGAACCUGGUCUUACGGAGCAGCCGAGGGGACGUGAAGGAGGAGCCGGCCGAGGGUUCCCCCACCCUCUUCAAAAGGAUGUCUUCUCCCAAGAAAGCCAAGCCUGCCAAGGGCAGUAGCGAGCCCGCCUCGAAGCCCCUCUCCCCAGACACCCCUGACUCCUGUCUCAAGCUGGCCUCACGGGUGGCCUUCCAGGGGGCCAUGAAGACCAAGGUGCUGCCGCCUCGGAAGGGCCGGGGCCUGAAGCUGGAGGCCAUCGUGCAGAAGAUCACCUCGCCCAGCCUGAAGAAGUUCGCGUGCAAAGCGCCGGGGCCCACUCCUGGAAACCCGCUGAGCCCCACCCUCUCAGAGAAGGACCGUGGGCUCAAGAGUGCCAGGGGCAGCCCUGUGGGGGCAGAAGGUCUCCUGAAUGUGGGCACCGGGCAGAAGUUCCUGGCCGCUUCAGGGACCGACCCGUUCUGCAGAAGUGCAGCCAACAGAUCCUUAAAAGGCAAACUCAUAAACAAUAAGAAAUUGUCCUCGAAUGACUGUUUCAAAACUGAGGACUUCAUGUCCCCAGAGGCCCUGCCACCUGGGAGGACUGUCCUGGUGCCGAAGAAAAGGAGCCGGAAGGGCAGAGCUGGGGCCCUAGGACUCCCCAAAGGUCCCCUGGAGAAGCAGCCCCAUCUAGGCCCUGCUCUGCUCUUGACUCCCCGAGACAGGGCCAACACCAUGCAGGGUGGCGGUGAGGACAGCUCUGGUGGAGGAAGUAAGAAGCCAAAGAUGGAGGAGCUGGGCCUGACCCCCCAGCCCCCCGAGGGCAGGUCCUGCCAGCCCCAGAUGCGGGCACAGAAGCAGCCCGGCCACGCCAACUACAGCAGCUAUUCCAAGCGAAAGCGCCUUGCUCGGGGCCGGGCCAAGAAUACCAGCUCCUCCCCCUGCAGGGGGCGUGCCAAGCGGAGGAGGCAGCAGCAAGUGCUACCCCUGGAUCCCGCAGAGCCUGAAAUCCGCCUCAAGUACAUUUCCUCGUGCAAGCGGCUCCGAGCAGACAGCCGCACCCCAGCCUUCUCGCCCUUCGUGCGGGUUGAGAAGCGAGAUGCGCUCACCACCGUAUGCACUGUUGUCAACUCCCCGGGGGAGGAGCCCAAGCCCCACCGGAAACCCGCCUCCUCUGCCUCCUCAUCUUCGUCCUCCUCCUCAUCCUCCCUAGAUGCCGCGGGGGCCUCUCUGGCCACACUCCCUGGAGGUUCUGUCCUGCAGCCCCGGCCCUCUCUGCCCCUCUCCUCCACCAUGCACCUGGGGCCCGUGGUUUCCAAGGCCCUGAGUACCUCUUGCCUUGUUUGCUGCCUCUGCCAAAACCCGUCCAACUUCAAGGACCUCGGGGACCUCUGUGGACCUUACUACCCUGAACACUGCCUCCCCAAAAAGAAGCCAAAACUCAAGGAGAAGGCGCGGCCGGAGGGCCCCUGCGAGGAGGCCUCGCUGCCCCCCGAGAGAACACUCAAGGGCCUCGAGUGUGCAGCCGCCGCCACCGGAAAGCCCCCCCGGCCAGAGGGCCCGGCCGACCCGGCCAAGCCGGGCUCGGGCUCUCUGCGCACCAGUGCCCGGGGUCUGUCCCGGCGGCUGCAGAGCUGCUACUGCUGCGACGGCCGAGGGGACGGCGGCGAGGAAGCGGCCCCCGCCGCUGACAAGACCCGCAAGCACGAGUGUGACAAGGGGGCGCCCGCAGAGCCCGGCGGGGACACCCAGGAGCACUGGGUGCACGAGGCCUGCGCGGUGUGGACCGGUGGGGUCUACCUCGUGGCCGGAAAGCUCUUUGGGCUGCAGGAGGCCAUGAAAGUGGCCUUGGACAUGACUUGUUCCAGCUGCCAAGAAGCCGGGGCGACCAUUGGGUGCUGCCACAAAGGAUGCACCCACACCUACCAUUACCCGUGUGCCAGUGAUGCAGGUUGCGUAUUCACCGAAGAUAACUUUUCUUUGAAAUGCCCCAAGCAUAAGAGGCAGCCGUUGUAACACACCCCAAGGGCUGGGAGAGCCGGCGCCUGCCCUCCUGCAGAAGGAGGGGCCCCCUGAGCAGCCCCAGGCCUUUCGGAUGCUCCCAGAACUGGUCCAUGAUCUGUCCCCACCUUGGAUCUGGCCGCCUGGGCCCGACCGCGCGUCCCUGCUGGGGAAGGAAACGUCCUGGAGCUGCCUGCUCCCGCCGCCACGCCGGGGCCUGCCCACACCCGCGCCAGGCUCGCAGAGGGAGCCUGCCGAGCAGCCCAACUCCUUGGGGCACCGGGUUCCAGCAGGGGUGGCACAUGCCUUGAGCCUGGGAACUGGCUUCUCCACUGGAAGUUCCGAGUCAGUGUGGCACACGUUCCCCGUGGGUGC